AUGGUUGUAACAUAUGAGUUUCUUGAAACUGAGGCACAUAGGAACCAAUCGCAAGUAGGAACUAAAGUUGAGGUGUUGAUAUUUAAAAUGGCGGCUCAGGACGAGCAGGAUUCUCUCCUCCAGGAAGAGGCAGGUGCAGAGAUGCUGAAAGGCAGCGAGGCGAAAAUGGAAAGCCUCAAAACGAAGGAGUCGAAACUGGUUCUGUAUCACUGGACCCAGUCUUUCAGUUCACAGAAGGUGAGGCUGGCCAUAGCAGAAAAGGGUUUGCAGUGUAAGGAAUAUGAUGUGAGCUUGCCCCUGAGUGAACACAACGAGCCAUGGUUCAUGCGUCUGAACCCAGCUGGCGAGGUGCCUGUUCUGGUGCAUGAUGAUCGUGUCAUCUGUGACCCGACUCAGAUCAUGGAUUACUUGGAGGAAACUUUCACUGAUGAGAAAACCCCAAAGCUGAUUCCAGAGACGGGAAGUACAUAUUAUCACAGAGUUCAGCAUUAUCGUGAGCUGCUGGACUCCCUGCCCAUGGACGCUUACACACAUGGCUGCAUUCUCCAUCCUGAGCUCACUGUGGACUCUCACAUCCCGGCCUACGCGAACACGCGCAUCCGCGCACAAAUCGGGAACACAGAAUCUGAGCUGAAGAAACUGGCAGAAGAAAACCCUGAGCUUAAAGAUGCUUAUAUCUCAAAACAGAGACGUCUAAAAACAAAGCUGUUCGAUCAUGACAAUGUGAAAUUCCUGAAGAAGAUUCUGGAUGAGCUGGAGAAAGUUAUGGAUCAGGUGGAGACAGAGCUGCAGAGAAGAGCAGAGGAGACACCAGAGGAAGGAACUCAGCAGUCGUGGUUGUGUGGUGAGUUUUUCAGCAUGGCCGACAUUUCGCUCGCCGUCACGCUCCAUCGGCUUAAGUUCCUCGGCCUCUCGCGUCGUUACUGGGGCAACGGGACGCGGCUCAAUCUGGAGUCGUACUAUGAACGCGUCCUUGCGCGCCCCACGUUCUGCAGGGUCCUCGGACACGUCAACAACAUCCUCAUAUCAGCCGUGUUACCAGCUGCUUUCAGAGUGGCCAAGAAAAGAGCGCCAACCUUCAUAGGCACCACGGUGUUAAUUGGAUUGUUAGGAGGUGCAACGUAUUUCGCGUUUCUUUAUUUGAAAAGGCGAAUGCUUAUGUCCUGAAGUAGCCAUAGUCGGUUUUUCAUGGCCUGAAUUUUUUUUUUUUUAAUUUAAAAUUUUUUUUUAAUUUAACAAAGCCUAUGCAUGUACACUGACUGAGCACUUUAUUAGGAACAUCUGUACACCUACUCGUUCAUGCGAUUAUCUAAUCAGCCAAUCAUGUGGUAGCAGUGCAGUGCAUAAAAUCCUGCAGAUACGGGUCAGCAGCUUGUGUAAUGCAUCUGAUGCAUCAAGCAUCAGAAUGGAGAAAAAUAUGAUCUCCGUGAUUUAGACCAUGGCAUGAUUUUUGGUGCCAGAUGGGUUGAGGCUGCAGUGAGCACAGGCUCAACAAAACUGGACAAGGAGACUGGAAAAAUGUAGCCUGGUCUGAUGGAUUUUGAUUUCUCCUGAGGCACACAGAUGGUAGGGUCAAAAUUUGGCACCAACAGCAUGAAUCCAUGGACACAACCUGCCUUGUGUCGAGAGUCCAGGCUGGUGGAGGUGAUGUAAUGGUGUGGGGAAUGUUUUUUUGCCAUACUUUUGGCUCAUUAAUACUAAUCUAUCAUCACUUGAAUGCCACAGACUAUUUUUGUUGCUGACUCCCUUCAUAGCCGCAAUUUGCCCAUCUUGUAAUGGCUACUUCAGCAUAAUAAUGCACUAUGUCACGAAGCCAAAGUCGUCUCAAACUGGUUUCAUGAACAUGACAGUGCGUUCAUUGUUCUUCAGUGGCCUUCCCAGUCAUCAGAUCUGAAUCCACUAGAACACCUUUGGGAAGUGGUAGAACGGGAGAUUUGCACUGUGAAAGUGCACCUAAAAAUAGUCUGCGGGAUAUGCAAUUCAUAUCAACAUGGACCAGAAUCUUAAAGGAAUGUUUCCAACAUGAUGUUAAAUCCAUGGCAUGAAGAAUUGAGACCCUACCCAGUAUUAGUAUAGUGUUCCUAAUAAAGUGCUUUGUGAGUGUAUACUGCCAUUUCUGGACGAGAGAUGAUGUGUUGAGAUGCCGUGCAGCAAACUAACGUGUAUGUGGCAUUAUCCUGAUUGUAAUAUUCACUCGUUAGUCGUUUAAGUCUUAAUGAUAAAUAUACUUGUUGAGAUACGCACCAUAGACUUGAAUUUUCAUCGAUUUUACAAAAUGUGACCAAAACGAUCAGUUGAGUGUUUUUAUCCAUUUUUCCUCCCCAAUACAAUACAUUUUUUUCAGUUUCUGCUGACAUGUUGGUGAGCUGUUAAAGGUUAACAAUGCUUUGUAAAAUGGUUCUUCAAGCCAACAAGCUGAAAAAGAAAAUCAUUACUUAGAAAUGUGUUGUAGCACUCGGGCAAAAUCUGACCUAUUGACAUCAUGUAAAAAGUUAGCUAUGAAAUAGUGUAAUGGUAUAGAAGUAUUAGAUAGCCCAGACUUAACUAAACUGGUUCAUAUAAGUAGUCUAAGGGUGUAUUCAGACCAGGAUAGUUCGAUAGUUCACUUGCUUUGGUCCGAACCAAAUUUUUUUUUUUUUUCAUUUUGGUGCGGUUCGCUUUCACACUGUACAUUUUAGUAAGCGGACCAAAAUCUGUCAACAAAGCCACGCGCCCUGAGGUCGUUCAGCUAUUGGUCAGAGACGACACGUGCACAAAGCGUUAAGUUCAAAAGUAGUCACGGAGGAUAGCGCUGAUGAGCGCACAUCAUGUUGUGACAGUUCUGGCUCUUCACGCAAGUCGCUAGUACUGCCACUUUUUGAAAGAAUGUCCCUGAUUUUAAUGUAGGUCUGAUGGAGUUUCUUCACUUUUAGCCGACAUUGUUCUGGGGAGCGCGUGAACCCCUUCUCCUUCAUUUUCUCACUGAAUACAGCAAACACGUCGGCAUUUUUGUGUGUUCUCUCCAAAAGCUCAGAUAUGUGGACAUCUGCCCAUAUAUCCACAAGGGUGCACGUUUCUUCCUCGGCCCACGUUUGCCCCCUACUCAUUUUUUGUACUCUGUAGUCUAGCCUACCACUGGUCUGAAUGACUGAACGACUGUUGUAAGGUUCCCUUGACAACCGAAACAGUGUUUGCACUUUGCGGUGGAGUGUCAAGCCUCUGUUUCCCAUAAUGCUCGACAAACGACGGAAGCUCACGAGGUACAAAAAAGCAAAACUGUCGGAUUAGGUCCGGUCUGCUUUCACACCUCCAAAAGGUCCGCACCAGGGUUCCUUUGGUCCGGACCGAGUCCGACCUUGCAGCUCGGUCUCGGUCCGCUUGUUUGGUCCGGACCAGAGUUCGGUGGUUUGUAUUCAGACCAACCCAAAAGGUCCGGACCAAGGGAAAUUUUGGUCGUUUGGUCCGGACCAAACAACGUAGGUGUGAAUACGCCCUAAGUUAGUAUGCUGAUGUUUGCAGGAAGCAUUGGUUAGUUAACUUGACUAGCUAGCUAGCAAACAUGGCUAAUAAGCAUCAGGAGUAACCUUUAGGUAGUAGGAAGUUUUAACUUCCGUACAAGUGAGUGGUCAGAUUUGAAGCUUAAAUAAAGAUCAGUCCUUAGUGUGGUCAGGGUCACAGUCUUUUAAAUUAAGCUACUAGUUUGUUUAUUACAGAGCUCCCCACGUGCAUUGCAUGUGGAGCAGAGCCCUAUACUUCAGAGAAUGCAUCGACCUGAUUUUUGAUGGCUUGACCAUACGACGUCUUUGCAUACAAAAUGUACCACCACAGGGAACCCGAUUGUAAGUGCAAGGCAACGUAUCACAUAAACACUUGACUACUGGACAAUGAAAUUUGUAUCUUUAUUUACAUAAGACAGAUGGGUUUUUAUCCAGCGCUUAUUUUUAAUUUGCCUUUUCAGAAAAUAACGUGGGAUUAUUUACUAAUACAUUUUAUGGAUAAUACUCAUGACAGUUUCAUAUAAAACAAGUUAAAACAGUUUUAUUAGUCCACUAGCUUGUUGGACAGUUGACAGUUUCUGUCAUGUAAGUGCAGGAAGAGUUUUAUUGAAAGCAUGCUAGAAAACCAAUCCAAAACAUCGACAAAGGCAGAGUCAAAAAAACAGGCAGUGGUGGAGUGAGGCACAGACAGGAUAUCGGAGGUAAUACAAUACUGAAAUUCUAAAAACACAAACGGGGUCAAGACCAGAAAACUGAUACAAAGUACAAGGCUUGGUAACGUUAGACACAGGGUACAGAAUGUAUACUUCACAAAGUCUGUGUGAGAGUCCUUAGAUGUUUGUGCUGUGAUUGCGCUCUAAUCAGGAACAGCUGCAUGGUAAUUAGUUCUAAUGGCACUGCGUGCAUGUUGUCAUCUGCGGCUGCUCGCUCCUAUUAUUCCAAUCAGGUUGAUUUUGUGCCCUUGCAAAUAUUUUGCUCAUACACUCUUCAGGACCUCUGCUUUUAGGCACUGCCUCAAUAUCUAUAUUAUACUGGGAAAUGGACAUAACUAAAUUCAUUCAUCUGCAAGUACAAAUAAAAAUAAUGAUGAAAACGGUGUUAAAAACAGUCCAACACAUCUCUCGAGUGAUAGCUGAGGUUGAGGAACUGUCAGAACCAGAAUUCACACAGUCUCGUGUUUGUGAUGUUUUCAUUAUAGCGAUGAUACACAAGCAUUUGCAAUACUUUGUGACGUAUUCAUCAAAGCAAUGUGUGUCCGUGGCGAUGAGAUUAUUUACGUCUCAUACUCAGGAUAUUGUCUGGAAAAUACAGUGAUUGUGAAAAUAUAUGCAUAUUAAGCACUUUCUUUUUUGUAAUUUAUGUAUAUAAGGUGAUAAACACCCUCUUUAUUGUCCUGAAUUUUCCACAGCAACUAAUUCAGAGCAUGUGACAGGAAAUUGGGGAAUUAUCUUGGAUUGAAACCGUAAUAUCAGCACAUUCCUGCUCAUGGGAGGUUGCUUUAUCUCAUUACUGCUUUGGUUUAUUUAGUGAAGCUAUGCAUUUAAUUAGGCUUGCAUUCUGUAUCAGACAACAGUGAACCCCAGAGUCAGAUAAAACACUUGGCAUUCCUUUAACUGUGCUGUAUGGAACUGUCUGAAAACUGUCCUAUACUAUAAUUAAAUGACUGUUUGGCAGUG